CCUGCCGCAGACACACCACCCUCUCUCUCUCUCUCUCUGUCUUUCUGCAGCCUGCUAACAGCCAACGAAACCAGGAACACCGAGAGCAGGACCGGGACCGGACCGGACCGGGACACACGGGAACACCACCAGAGGAAGAGAACAAGAAGAAGAGGAGGAAACAUGACAGAAAACAACAAAACCCACGUCAUCCUGCUGUCCUGCGGCAGCUUCAACCCCAUCACCAAGGGACACAUCCAUAUGUUCGAAAAAGCUCGAGAAUAUCUGCACAAAACCGGACGCUUCAUCGUGAUUGGAGGAAUCAUCUCGCCGGUGCACGACUCCUACGGGAAGCCGGGUUUAGUGCCCAGCAGACAUCGUCUCACCAUGUGUCAGCUGGCCGUGCAGUCCUCUGAUUGGAUCAGGGUGGACCCCUGGGAGUGUUACCAGGACACCUGGCAGACCACCUGCAGCGUGCUGGAGCAUCACCGCGACCUCAUGAAGAGAGUCACCGGCUGCAUCCUGUCCAACGUCAACACGCCCUCCUCCACUCCUGUGAUUGGUCAGCCUCAGAACCAGACUCCGGCCCCCAUCUACCAGAACCAGAACAACAUGAACCACAAGCCCACAGCCCUCAAACUGUGGGGGAAGGUCAGCGAGAACCUGGGGAAGAUCUGUUGCGUUCGCCCUCACAUCGACCGCUUCACCUUCGUCGAUGAAAACGCUAACCUGGGGACAGCGAUGAGAUACGAGGAGAUCGAGUUACGCAUCUUGCUCCUGUGUGGCAGUGAUCUCCUGGAGUCCUUCUGCAUCCCUGGCCUGUGGAAGGACAGUGAUAUGGAGGUGAUCGUCGGUGAUUUUGGGAUCGUUGUGGUUCCUCGUGACGGAGCAGACACAGAGAAGAUCAUGAACCACUCCUCCAUCCUCCGCAAGUUCAAGGACAACAUCACGGUGGUGAAAGAUGAAAUCAGCCACCCGAUGUCCAUCGUCAGCUCCACCAAGAGCAGACUUGCCCUGCAGCACGGGGACGGCCAUGUCGUGGAUUACCUGAGUCAGCCCGUCAUCGACUACAUCCUGCAGAGCCAGCUCUACAUCAACGCCUCCGGAUGAACCUCCGUCAGAGUCCCCGUGUCCGCCAGGCUUCAGUGUCCCUCUGUCUGCAUCACCAUGGGUGGGGGGGGGGUCUCUGUAAGGGCUGCAGGGUGGGGGGGUAUUUUUCCACUGUUUCCUCUCUGUUAUCUGUCUGUAUUAAAGUCCGGCGGCAUGCUCGGUUUACCGGGGCAAGGAGCCGCACGUGGAUCCGUAAGGAAUCCUUUCUCAGAUUAAUGAAAUCCUUUUCUCUCAGCUGUCAAUAAAAGGUCUUUCAUCCUAUCCUAUAAUAAGUCAUCAUGCAUUCAUCUGGACGAUUGAAGUUUACUUACACCUACCUAAAAGUAUAACAUAAUACUAAAAAGCAAAGUAAAAUAUUCAGUUCCUGUCUGCAGAGCGUUCUCUGAAAUGACUUCUGCAGGUAUCUCAGCCUAAAGGGAACACGUUGUGCAGGACUGACAAUACGGAGAGGCCUUAAAAACCAAAAGGCACACUCAUUUCAAAAGGUUCCAAAACAACAAAAAUAUGAGUAAAUAAGAAGAGUGAAUAAAGAUCAAGAUAUUUGGAAAAAAGUCAUACAAAUUUGAGUAAAAACUCCUAACAAUUGGAGGGAAAAUUCCCCAAAAUUGGGGAAAAAAGUCUUAAAAACUGAAGAACAAAUUUGAUGAGUUGGAAAAAGGUAAACGAGUUAAACACUUUGGGGAAAACGUUGUAAUUUUUGGAGAAAAAAACCCACCACAUUUUUGGGAGGACUGUAAUAUACGAGAGGUUUUGUUGCCGGGGUAUUUAGGGAUGUCUUCUUCAUGUGCUCUUAUUAACAUAUAGACUGCAUGCUUAGACAUGUUUCCUUUGUUAUGCGUGUUCAUCACGUGGUAGACUAUGACGUGUUUGCAAAAACAAUAAAGAAACCACACAAAAAGAACAUAUAAAAAUAUUAGAAACACUUUACAGCGGGACAUACGAUCACCCUCUGUCCAUUUUCUAUUCACUCUGUCUAUGAACUGAUUGACUCCUCAUUUCCUGUGUGUGUGUGUGUGUGUGUGUGUGUGUGUGUGUGUGUGUUCCCAUCCCUUUCUGUUGAACAUGUAGCUGAAAUAAGUUUGGUUUUCUGUAUUGAUCUGUUGCUCUGACUUCUUCUGAUUGUAAACUGUGAUGCACUCUUGAAGGUGGUGUGUUUUUUAAUGUGUGUGUGUGUCUCCUCUUGGCUAGUGCUCCAACACAUUGUACAUGAUAGGCUGAGGGGCGGGACAUCUCUGAGAGGUUGAGCAAUCACAACAGAGCCGGCCAGCUAACCAAUCAGAGCAGACUGGACUCUGGUUUCAGACAGAGGGUGAACAGAGGCAGUAUGAGAAAAACAAAGAGCUUUAAAACAUGGAUCAGGAAACAGUUUUAUUUAAAAGCAGAGAUUACAGAGACAUGUUUGA